CUCCUUUUUCUUUCCCUCUUCAUUUCUUUCGUUCGAUCUUUCCCUUAUUCUCUGGGAAUCCUGUCCUUGUUUCACAAAUCAAAGUAGAAAUAAAAGAAAGAUCUCAAAUUUGCUUCUUUAUUCUUCAGUCUUAAAGAACAAAAGCCAGUUUUUUCGAAAUCCGCCCACUUCAUUCUUCAAUUUUCUUCUUUUUUUUUUUUGAUAUUUUUUGCUUUAGUCUUCCUCAACCUAUCGAGUUUUGGGGUUUUCUGAGACCGUUUCUGGGCAGAAUGGGUGGUGAAAGAAUGGCGAAAAGAUCAUCUUUUGGGAGCAUGAUGAGGAAGAGAUUGUCUGAUAUCACCAAUUCACAGACACAACCCAAGGCUUCAUGCCAAGAGGAAAAGCCUCAACAGAUUUCUGCUGCUACUGAAGACUACAUUAAUCAGUUAAUUAAGGAAAAGAUGACAUUGAUGAAACUUAUUGAGGAGAGAAAUAUGAUUAUAGAAUUGAGUGGAACUGAAUUGCAGAAUCUGAGAAAUUGUUUGCAGAAGUUACAGCUACAGAAUUGGAACCUUGCUCAAUCAAACAGCCAGAUGUUAGCGGAGCUUAAUUUAGGGAGAGACAAGGUGAAAGCUCUGCAGCAUGAGCUUGUAUGCAAGGAUGCUUUACUCAAAGCAAAGAACUUGGAAAAAAGGGGAAAAGCUGAUAUCAACUAUCAAAACACUGGCUUACUGGGGGAGACUGGGGAGCAGGCAGCUGUGGAAUGCAUACAGCCUAAAGCUAAUGAUGAUGACAAGCCUUCUAACCGAAACAGAAGACGCAGUGCUAGAAGUCAAUCAAUGGGCCCUUCAACUACAAGCCAAAGAGGAGCAGAUAAAGAGAAGAUUGAAAGCAAAAGACGUUGUCUGAGAAGGCAAUCUGCUAGGUUCAAAUCCCAAGAGCGAGAACCAACAGAGAAUCUGUUUGAGAUUGAAGAUGUUAAUUAUGCAGCGGCUCAGCAACUUGAUACUCCAAUGCAUGAAGAUGAUCCGACUCCAUCAUUAGUUUCAUCCAUUACAAAGGAAGAAGCUCGCAGCCCAACGACUGAAACACGAAAACUGAAAAGACCUUCAUUCGGAAGACCACUACGCAAAGCAGCUGAGAAGGUGCAAUCUUACAAAGAAGUUCCACUUAAUGUUAAAAUGAGGAGAGAAGACUGAACAGCAAUCAUCAUUCCUCAUAUUUCCAAGAACCCCUUCAUGUUUCUGGUAUCUUCCUGUAAACCUAUGUAUUGUUGUUUGUGGCACUUACAUUAUUUUUCUCUUUUUAUUUUGGGAUGAUUUUUAAAGUUACUGUAAAAUGAAAAAAGGGCUUGCUAAUUAUCAGUGAACAAA